AUGGUCUCUGCCGCAACUGCCGUACCCCAACAGCCUCCAGAACAGACACAACAGACAGACCCCUCAACAGAGAAGAAGCACCAGCUGAAGAAGGAGAAUCCUCCGCCGCAGCAGCACGGCGACUCAUGGCCGCAGCAACACAGUCUGAGAACACUCGACCUGCCCUUCCACCUGCCAUCAUGGACAUCAUUGAAGAAGCAGAGUGGCAGACACCUCAGCCCACUGGCAUGCGCGACGGAAAGCUUGCAGCAGCACUCACCAUCUUCCAACCUCGCAGGACUCGCAACGACUCCACACGUCAUGAAGAAGAAGAGAGGCGUCGCCGCGCGGACGAAGAAGCAAAACCAGCAGCAGCAGCGCCUACUGGAGGAUGGGGGAGCGCAGCUGUCACACCAAGGAAAUGGGGAAGUGGAACAACCGCAACUGGGUGGGGCACCCCACCACUUACCGUGGAUGACGAGGAACCUAUUGAAGAAGCCAUCGCUCGCGCUGAACAAGAGGCAGCCGCAGCAGCAAGGGGACCGUACGGCUCACCACGUCCCCUUGGAAUACCCCUAG